AUGACACGGUCCCCAUCUCCACAGCCAACUCCCGAUUCACCAGGCCUUCCCCCGAAAGGCCGCACAUUGCCCAGAUUUCUCAGACCAGCAACAAGUUUUGCCUACUUGCGUCGUCUUCGUCGGUCUCACAAAAUGUGGGACGUCGUCUGGACAGACCCCAAGAGGGAGUCCAGAAAGGAACAUCGCGAAAGGAAGGCCAGACAGCCGCGCAGCGACAAGAGCUCCACCAAGGCGAGAUCACUCUUCAGUCGAGGCUCGACAUCAUCCAGCGACGGUCCUUCAUUUGUUGGGUAUCCCGGACGCAAGACCAGCAGCAGGGACUUUGCAACUCUGUCACCUACGCCAUCCUCCAUCCACACUACCACCUCGACCAACAACUAUGACAUUGAGGCUGACAGAGCCUCAAAUUUCACCCUCAAUAAUUACGAAACAACAUCCGACACAGUAUCUCACAGCUUCGAGUCCACCACCGAUCACACUCUUGUUCACGAACAGAUCCUGGAAUGCUCCUCAGGUUCGUCGAACCUGUCAAAGCGAGACGCAGGUAUCUACGACUUUGACCUGACUCGACUUACUGACCGCCAGGCUCCUCCAGAGCUUUACAACACCAACUCCAGAGGGGAUGACGACCAGUAUCCUCUGCCUCCUUCCCCUCCAUGGGACACCCAAGUUAUCGAGCGGGUGGCCUUAGAACCAUGCCAUAUCGUCCAGACCUUUAGUGAGGGCUCCUACAUAGCUAGGAGCACUGAAGUCACAACAUCACUACGCACGCCCUCGGACCCUCAAUUUGGUCUGAGCUCCGAGGUGACCAUUACCGCUAACACAGAGAGCAAGUCUCUCAGUCGCCCACGGUCCUCGGGUGGCCAGACUUUAUCCUUGCGGGCGCUCAAGAGCAAGUCCCCAAGCGCACCUCUACCACCUCUGCCCAGUACACCAAGACGAGUGCCGUCAUGCAAUGCCUUGUUGAGGAGUGAGCCAAGUGAUGGUUGGAAGCCGCCAGACACGUGGGCCUGCACCCCCACCACGGAGACAUUCUCGUCAACCAUGGAAGAUCCCGCUCAAGAGCCAAGCUCACCAGAGUCAACUUUUCCGAUGGAGCAGAAUGCCAUGCAGCGUGAAGUAACACGCUUGGCGUCUGAAUCUAACAGCAUCCGCCUUCUCCGCCUCAAGGGAGUAUGGGGCACAUUGAGCAGCCCCAACUCAUGGAAAGACUUGGAGGUGGAGAAGACUCAAUGGAUGCUCUCUGCAUUAUAUAACAUGGACCAACCGGCAGAUCAAGAGGAGGAUAUAUCAGAAACUGCUCAGGAUACGAACUCAGAUAAACCAAAGAAGGUUCUUGCACUUUACGAGACACCAGGUAACUGCGACUUCAUAUUUAGCAGCUGUGCACCAUAAUAAGCAGGUUUACCACCUGUCACCAGCGCCACUCUCUCACACUCUCUUUCCUAAUAUUCAUCCGGUCCUUGUGCCGGUGAGGUCAUCAUCAGCCUUUCCUAUGGCGCCAUCGUCAUUUGAGGCAGUCUAUUCGUUACGUCUUCCUUUGUCAACACCAUCCCAGGAGAUUCCUGGUGUCCUUAAAAACAUCCACCGAUGCCUCAAGCCCAGCGGUGCUUUGCAUCUCGUGCUGGUCGACCCGCUCCCGCUUACAAGCUCUCUGGGGCCAUUGUUACGAGCGUGGAUCGAGCACAACUUAUUAUUAAACUUAGAAACAAACUUUCGCUGCAUGAACCCGAGCAGAUUGCUUCCAAUCUGGUUGGAGAAUGCAUCAUUGCAUAUUAAAGGUAGAAUUACGAGCACACAGUUCUCCGCUGUUCCGCUCGAUGAGCAACAGCUCACACCGGCUGAAAACAGCCAUCCGUCGGAAGACACCAUCAAGCAGGAACUCCGAAAUAUAGUCGGUAGGAUGCUCUGGAUGGAGGUUUGGGCAGAGUAUAUCGCCGUUGAUACAUGGUGGUGGGAGGAUCCUGAGAUUAUAGAAGAGUGUGUCAGGUUACAGACUACAUGGGAGUGGCGCCUGAUCACGGCUUGCAAGGAUGGAUGA